GGCACCCUGGGACGCGCGCCGGCGUGCCCCGACGCGCCUACGUCACCGGCGUGCGUGCGUGCCCCCCCCCCCGGCGGCGGCGUAUAAGGGCGCGCGCAUGCGCGGUACCGCCCUCUCCGCGGCGCUUUGCGGCUCCAUCUUGUGUGGCGGCGCUGAGCGUUCGCAGCCAUGCAGCUCUUCGUGCGCGCCCAGACCCUGCACGCCCUCGAGGUCUCCGCCGACGAGACCGUCGCCCAGCUCAAGGCGCGCGUGGCGGCUUUGGAGGGCAUCGCCCCCCAGGACCAGGUGCUGCUCUGCGGCGGGGCCCCGCUGGACGAUGACGCUGCCGUGGGGCAGAGCGGCCUGGCCGACUUCGCCACCGUGGAGGUGGCCGCCCGCCUGCUGGGGGGUAAAGUCCACGGCUCCCUGGCCCGCGCCGGCAAAGUGAGGGGUCAGACCCCCAAGGUGGCCAAGCAGGAGAAGAAGAAGAAGAAGACGGGCCGGGCCAAGCGGCGCAUGCAGUACAACCGCCGCUUCGUCAACAUCGUGCCGGGCUUCGGCAAGAAGAAGGGCCCCAAUGCCAACUCCUAGAGGCCGCGGCCCCCCCCCCCGGUCCCAAUAAACAGCCCUGGGAACACCCCA